UGAUUUCUUGACAUAUUUUUAUUAAUUAAUCUCCAAGUGGUUUUGCUGGAAUAUUAAUUAUUUAGUUCAAUUAAGUAUAAUAUCAAAGUGAUAUUCAUGCAAAGAUUUUCGUACUGGUUUGUGUUGAUUAGCCUCUAUAGUAGGUUUAAAAUAUAAUGUUAUUAUAAUGUCAAAAACUCCAUCUAAAAGUGCGCAAAAUUUAAAUUUCCACUUUAGUCCAAAGGAAAUUACCAGCCCAAACAAGGACAGUCCUGGUAUAUCGAAGACUGUUUACACUCAUUUAUCAAAUCUCCAUCGCCUCUUAAAUGAUUGGUCAAGUAUUAGAGUUAAAGGGAUACAAAUAUGCAAAUCUUUAACGUCUUUGAAAUUGCAAGAGUGUGAAGAUGACUAUUACCCACAUCAAACUAAACCACUCACUGAAAGCUUAAUGCAAUCAUUGGAUGCUCUGAAAGAUAUAGUUGAAGGAGCUGCAAUAAUAAACAAUCAAAUGCAGGCGUUAACUAAAUUACAGUCAAAUGAAGAACCUGUCAUAAACACAUGGUCAGUCUGUGAAAUAUCUGAAAACAUUGACAAAGUAUGUGACACAUUACAAAAGGAGCUUAGAUUAAAACAAGUCAUAACAGAAAAUAUUGCACAUUGCAGAGAUGAAAAUUUAAUUGAAGUUUAUGCUAGCGCUUGGGAAUUCGAAGCCUACUUCAACAUGGAGGCAAAUUCUUAUUUGUUUGCAGAAGUUGGUUUAGUAGGAAUUACAUAAAUUUUCUUAAUA